AUGGCGACGAGGAACAAGCAACCAGCAGCGUUGAUCUGGCAUUUGAUAGCAAUCUCAUCUUGCAUCUAUGGCUUCAAGUCUCUCGACGUCUUGCCUGACUUGCUCGGCGUCAGCAUGGGGAACGAGUAUGGAGGCUUCAUGCAAUUUCUGACAAUGUGCGGCUUAGUAGGUACCGCAACCACCAUGGGUCUGGCGCUAAUUCUUGACUUGGUUGGCGGACCAGAAGCGCUUUGCUGGCUCAAGGAUGUACUGAUGGCGGUGUCGCUGCCUGCUGAAACUCUGAUCACGGUCAUGUACUGGUCGAUUGUGGCGAUCAACAAGGACCUGUUGAUGCAGCCGAGGAAGAUCAUGGAUCCUGCCAACCCUGGUCAAGUGCUCCGCGAAGACAAGAUUGCGGUGCCAUUCUCUAUCGAUGCAAGCUUGCACGCUUUCCCGGGCGUAUUUCUCUUGAUCGACUUUUUCGUGUUCAGUCGAAGGUUGCCAAAGUCGAUUCCAAUCCCAGUCAUGGCCGCAGUUGCGACAUUCGCGUACUCACAAUGGGCUGAAAAGUGUGCAAAGAUGAACGGGCAUUUCCCCUACCCUCUGCUGGACAUCAUGAACAGGCCUCAGCGCUUCGGGUUCUAUGCUGUUUGUGGUGUGGCGGCGGCGAUCAUGGGAGUGCUAUUGACGAGGCUCCAAGCGAAUGUCAAAGGGCUUUCUCACGGCCAAGCUGGUACACGAAAUAAGGGCAAGAAGAGAGAGUAG